AUGUCAAUCUACUCCAAAUUUAUCAAGGAUCCGCAGACCAAGAAGGGCAAAUAUAUCAACAGUGACAACAUUAUGGUGGAUGGAAAUUGCAGUGUUGUCAUCCAGAGAAUCCUUUCACCAAAAUACAAGGAUCCAGGGAGUGUCACAAUCCCUUACUCAAUUGUUUCUAUGUCAGUUGGAAAAGCCCUUAUUGACUUAGGGGCUAGCAUUAAUUUGAUGCCUCUAUCCAUGUGCAGAAGGAUUGGAGAGCUGGAAAUCAUGCCAACAAGAAUGACAUUGCAGCUGGCAGAUCGAUCAAUCACAAGGCCAUACGGUGUAGUGGAAGACGUGUUGGUCAAAGUGCGUCAAUUUACUUUCCUUGCAGAUUUUGUGAUCAUGGACAUUGAAGAGGACGCUAAAAUCCCAUUGAUUUUAGGCUGCCCCUUCAUGUUAACAGCCAAAUAUGUGGUGGAUAUGGGGAAAGAUAAUCUUGAAAUGAGUGAGGAUGAUCAAAAGGUUACAUUUAAUCUAUUUGAAGCCAUGAAGCACCCAAGUGACCAUAAGGCCUGUUUUAAAAUAAAAAAGGUCGAACAUGAGGUAGACAUGGUAGCUAGAGCCAUGGUGCUGCAGUCCCCACUAGAAAAAGCAUUGACUAAUACUAUGGAGUGUUUGACAACAAAGGAAGAAACAAAAUUGCAGAACUGUUUGGAAGAAGUAGAGGGUUUAGAAGAAAAUCCUUCUGAAAAAGUUGUAUUUGAAGAAUUGAAGAAGGACAUUCCAGCAGAAAAGGCCAAGGGUUAG